AUGAUGCGCCUCUCUUUCCUCCUCGCAUUGGUUGCUUCUACCACGGCUGUUCCUACGCCCGAUCCCAUUCAGAAUAAUGAGGAAGAGCACCGCUUGGAACAUGAACUGGUUGAGCUUCUUUCUGACCUACCCAAAGGACGGACCUUUUGCCGAGAAUUCCUUGACAUUCCUUGCGAUGUGAUUUCUACCACUGAAUGGAGAACUGUGACAGUCGUGGAGCCUACCAGCACCAUAACUGACUCGAUCACAUCCAAAGUUACUUCCACUCCCCGAGCAGAGACUGCCUACGUGACCAUCACCAGCACUGAUCACUCUGUAUCGACCCUCACCGAUGUCCACACAGUACAUGUUACCGAUGUGGUCGCGACCGUGCAUCUGACUGAUUCUGUCACUGAGACCAUCGUGACAGACUUGACUAGCAUGACAACGGACACAUUCACUCUUUCGACCACUGCCACGGUUACGGAUAUCACCACAGAAACCAUCACCCAAUCCUUCACGAACACCGCCACUGAGUACUCAACAAUCUAUGCGACAGACUCUAUUUUCAACACCGCGACGGAUAUUUCCACUCAGUUUUACACCAACUACUAUACCGAGACCGAUGUUGUAUCCUUGACGGAAACUGUAUUUGCUACAGACACUCAGGAUAUCACCACAACUCAAACCUCUGUCCCUACUACCACACAAACCGACCAGGAAACCGUUACCGACAUGGCUACCUCGACCAGCAUAUCCUCUGUCACUUCGACGACGACCACUGUCCUCACUGAUGAAAUAACUGCGACAACUACCACCCUUGUAUCUGCCGCUAAGCGCGAAGUCACGGAACCCACCAAAGUUUCUGCACCCGAGGUCUUGGUCGUCUAUUCACACGAAAGAUUGUCCCGUGCGUGUCACAAGCUGGAUCUUAAGCCAGAGACAUCCACGAAGUUCUUCACCGCGACCGAAACAAAGACCACCUACCCCACUGCUGCUGGAGGCGCCCGGGCUGUUAUUACUAAAUUCAUCACCAUCUGGGAGACCAUCACUGCCCCCACCCCCAAACACACAGUGACCCGGACCGAUAUCACGACAAAACAUGCCACCACAACUCUACAUGUUCUGUCCACAAAGCAGACAGAUGUUUCAUUGACUACAACAGACACCGUUACAGUCACCGCCACAGUAGAUGAUAUCACUACGGUGACUGAUUCCACCACCGUCGACGUCACUGCUUGGGCAACAACUGUCUUGACUGAAGAUGUCACAACAGACCAGACUUUGACCGCAACCACCGAGCUCUCCACCACCCUCACAAAUACCGCGACCUUCACAGUCACUCAGGAUGAAACUACCGCCGUUACCGCAGACGUCACUUCUUCCACCACGCAGUCGACUACUCUGGACGUCACAGACGUUCUGACUGUCACCUCCACCUCAUCCGUGACCGUGACUGUGCCAACCACCGUUGAAACAACAGUCACCAGCACCGUCUCUGUCACCGAUGUGGCAGUGGUCACUUCCGAGAUAGAUGUCACAGCUACGCAAACAUCAUCAACAACCACAACCACUACCGUGACCGCAACUGCGACCUGUGGAGUGAAUCUCGUGCAGAAUGGAAAUUUUGCUACUGGAUCUUUUGCCGACUGGACAACCUCAGGAAGUGGGAGCACAGUCGAGUUUCUCAGUGGGUCAGCAAUUGGUGAGACCUACAUGUUCUAUUAUGUUGGAGUCAGUCCGGCGACAUACACGAUCUCUCAGUCGGUGGCCACUGUCGCGGGAACUACAUACACCGUGUCGUUUUGGUGGAGAGAUGGAACUACAACCGCGUCAUUGAUUGUGUCACUUGGAUCCACCAGUGAAACUUACAAGGAGACAUCGAAUAAUCUUGCCGUCUGGACAAAAGAAUCAUUCACCUACGAGGCUACUUCCUCGUCUUCGGAGCUUGUGUUUGAGGUUGUCCCAGGCACUUCUUCGGUAGGGUUCCAGUUCGGUGCGAUCAGCGUUGAAUGUUAA